ACCUUAUGUGCAUCAGGUGGAAUUCUGGGGCUUUUUGGCGUCACACCAAAGAAUCCCAGAGUGUGUUAUUUUUAUUUCAUUUUUUUCCCCAUUUCUCUUUCCUCUAGUGAGAGAGCUUGCUUUUACAUCAGCCCUUUUCCUCCUUCUUUCCCAGAAAGUCUAUCCCGGGAAGAAAGUAUAUUACAGUGUAAUAGACUUUGGAAUUUUAUCCAGUCGAUUAUGGAAUAAUAUUCCCCUGGACUACUAAGGAUUUUGGGAAGGCAGUGAAAAGUGUUCAGCUCCUGCCUCUGAGAUGAAGGCUCUACAGAUAAGACAUUGUCUCCUGCUAUUCCUCCUCACUGCUGUAAGGACCCAAGUCAACCCAGGUGUGUGUCGGUAUCCUCUGGGUAUGACUGGAGGACAGAUUCUUGAUGAGGAUAUAUCUGCUUCUAGUCAGUGGUCAGAGUCUACAGCAGCAAGAUAUGGCAGAUUGGACUUUGACGAUGGAGAUGGUGACGGGGCAUGGUGUCCUAACAUCAUGGCAGAGACGGACGCAGGCGGCCCGAAGGAUUUCCUCCAGGUGGACCUGCGUUCGCUGCACUUCAUCACGCUCGUGGGCACCCAGGGUCGCCACGCUGACGGCAUGGGCAAUGAAUUUGCCCAGCGCUACCGCAUCAAGUACAGCCGUGACGGCAGCCGCUGGGUGGCCUGGCACGACAGGAAAGGCAGGCAGGUGAUCGAGGGGAACAUGAAUGCCUAUGACGUGGUGCUGAAGGACCUGGAGCCACCAAUCAUUGCCCGCUUCGUACGCUUCAUGCCAAUCACAGACCACUCCAUGAUCGUGUGCAUGAGGGUAGAGCUCUAUGGCUGUGAAUGGCUAGAUGGCCUGGUGUCCUACAGUGCUCCGGCCGGCCAGGAGAUGACCUACAGAGGCCUGGACGUCCACCUCAAUGACUCGGUCUACGAUGGAUCCAUGGGUCUACAGUCAGUUGGUAUGGAGGAAGGCCUGGGCCAGCUGACUGACGGGACGUGGGGUCUUGAUGACUUCCUCCACAGUCACGUGUACGGCGUGUGGCCUGGAUACGAUUAUGUGGGUUGGACCAAUGAGAGCUUCCCUAAGGGCUACGUGGAGAUGACCUUUGAAUUUGACCGCGUCCGCAACUUCACCUCGAUGAAGGUGCAUUGCAAUAACAUGUUCAGCCGCGGCGUGAGAAUGUUUCGGCAGGCCUCGUGUUACUUCCGUACGUCCGAGUUGGACUGGGAGUCCCAGCCAGUGUCCUUACGUCUCCCGGUGGACCAGGUCAGCCAGAGCGCCCGGUUCAUCACCGUGCCCCUGGGGGACCGCAUGGCCAGUGCCAUCAAGUGCCGCUUUGCCUUCAACGAGGCCUGGAUGAUGAUCAGCGAGGUGGCCUUCCAGUCAGCAGGGACAGCAGUUUAUAACACAUCUCCGACUCCCCGCAAACGUGGCCACCCAACAAAUGUUAUUCCAGGAGAUGACCCCAUCCACAAAGUGGAUGAAAGCAACACCCGGAUCCUGAUUGGCUGCCUGGUGGCCAUCAUCGUCAUCCUUUUGGCCAUCAUAGUCAUCAUUCUGUGGCGCCAGGUCUGGCAGAAGAUGCUAGAGAAGGCUUCGCGGCGUAUGCUAGACGACGAGCUGUCGGCCCGUCUGGCCAUCCAAACCCAGGCCUUCUCUUUCCACCACUCGUCCCAGUCCAGCGGGGAAGGCUCCAACUCCACCUACGAGAGGAUCUUCCCCCUCUGCUCCUCUGACUACCAGGAGCCCUCCCGCCUCAUCCGCAAGCUGCCCGAGUUCGCCCAGUCCACUGAGGAGCUGGCAGGGACUAGCUCCUCCUCCAGACCACCCCAGGCCUGUGGAUCAGACGGGGCUCCCCACUAUGCCGAGGCAGACAUUGUGAGCCUGCAGGAGGGGACUACGGGCAGCAACACCUACUCCAUCACGGCCGUCAACAUGAGUCUGCUCUCUGGGAAGGACACGGCCAUGAGGGAGUUCCCCAGGGACAAGCUCACCUUUAAGGAGAAACUGGGAGAGGGACAGUUUGGAGAGGUGCACCUGUGUGAGGCCGAGGGCAUGCAGGACAUUGUGGAGAAGGAUCUGUCUGAAGAGGUCAAUGACCGUUCAAAUGAGGUAGAGGGCAGCGAUGACACACCUAUUCUGGUGGCUGUGAAGACACUGAGGGAAGAUGCCAACAAGAAUGCAAGGAAUGACUUCCUGAAGGAGAUCAGGAUCAUGUCUCGGCUGAGGGACCCUAACAUCGUCAGCCUGCUGGCAGUGUGUGUGGAGAGCGACCCCCUCUGCAUGAUCACGGAGUACAUGGAAAAUGGAGACCUUAACCAGUUCUUGUCCAGCCAUCAAUUGGAUGAAGUGGAGGAGAUACAAUCUAGUGACAAAGCCACGGUCAGCUAUAGCAACCUGAUGAGCAUGGCUACACAGGUAGCCUCUGGAAUGAAGUACCUGUCCUCUCUCAACUUUGUCCACCGCGACCUGGCCACGCGCAACUGUCUGGUGGGCAAGAACUACACCAUCAAGAUCGCUGACUUCGGCAUGAGCCGGAACCUGUAUCGCGGUGACUACUACCGUAUCCAGGGGCGGGCCGUUCUUCCGAUUCGCUGGAUGUCAUGGGAGAGCAUCCUAUUGGGUAAGUUCACCAUGGCCAGCGACGUGUGGGCUUUUGGUGUGACUCUGUGGGAGAUUCUGACCCUGUGUGAAGAGCAGCCCUACUCGCAGUUUUCCGACGAGCAGGUCAUCGAGAACACCGGCGAGUUCUUCAGGGACCAGGGCAAGCAGGUGUACCUGCCGAGGCCUGCCUGUUGCCCUGAUGCGGUCUAUAGCAGCCUGAUGCUGGGUUGCUGGAGGAGAAAUGCCAAACAGAGGCCCACUUUUCAGGAGAUAUACAGCCAGCUUGGGGAGAGCCAGGAAUAGCAGCUCAUAUAUAGACCAUGAUGACCAUGAAAGUGCUCUGGGGAAAAAGUUCCCCUAGGUACAGAUCUAGGAUCAGCUUCCCCUGCAAAACUAACUGAAGAUCAGCGUUUAGGGGCAACUUUAUCCUACACUUCACCCUUUUUUGUAACAUGGACCAACAUCUAUGGUCCUUCUACAUUUAAGGGACGGCAAAGUAUGGUCCUUCCUCCUUUGAGGACCCCAUAAAUUAGAACUAGCACGUGAGAACUGACUGAAAACUGCAUGCAAUGAUCUAUUCAUCUCUCUCUCUCAGCCUUUUUCUCUCUCAAUUUGAAUUGACUCCCUAUAUCUCUAUUCGCCAGAGCCAUGUAUAUUUAUAUUAACAAUGUCUAUUGCACACUAUGAAAACACCACCUCUCUCUCUCCCUCUGUUUCGCUCCAUCUCUCUCUCUAUCUCUCUAUCACAAUCUAGUUUUUAGCGUGUGGGACAGUUCUGUAAAACAUUAUUCGUUAUGUCUGUGAUGAUAAAAUGUAGGAAUGCUGUGUCAGAUCGUGCACACCAGGAAAUGUAAUGUUGUUUAUAAUCUAUUAUGAAGAUAAUAAUAAUGUGUAGAAAAUCUCCUUUUGGACUCAGAUAUUCAAGAAUGUAUCUGUUUGAUAGGUUUUUCUUUAUUCAGUUGAUGUUGUGAAAUGUGUUGUAUUUUGUCAAAGAUAAAUAGGUCCUUUGAGUUAAAUUUGUGCUUUGAAAUAGUGCAACUUCAUGCUUAAAACCUGCAUUUCUAUUGUUCGUGCAAGUUUUAUACUCUAAUUACAGUAGGCCUACUUAUGGUUUCAAUUAAUUUACUGAACAUUCUUCAACGUUCAAAACAAUUUUAAAAAUGACAAUAAAAUGUUAAAAUAAAAAAAUAUGAUGUAGAUUAUUCCUC